AUGUUGGCCACGAUUGUACGACUGAUAAGUUUAGGAAUUAUUGGUGUAUCGCAGGCAUCUCAAUUGACUAAUGUCAAGGACAGUUUAGGAAUAAACACAGUGAACAUACCACAAAUAAAUUUUGGAAAUACAAAUAAUGAAAUACAAAUUUUAAGUAAUAUCGAAGGUUUAACAUUUUAUCAAUACCAAGGUCAACAAAACUUUACAGGAUCUAUAGAUACAAAUUCAAAUACACAUGGGCUUAUUUAUUACUCUAAUGAUACAUUAAUAAAAUUACUCGAAGGGUCCGACAAUACAAAAAUUGAUCAAAUAGUACCACUAGAUGAAGAUGCGUUUAUUUUGAGUGGAUCAGGAACCUUAGGUGGAUUCCAACUUGAAAAUCAAUUAUUAUAUAAUUUAUCAGACCUUUCAAUUAUUCCACUUUUUAAUAAUCAAUUACAAAAUAUAAAAUCAAUUUUAGUUGACAAAGAUAUAGUAUAUUUUGGUGGGAACUUCAGUUAUACUUCUAAUAACAAAACGGCAAAUUCUAUUAUUAGUUGGAAUAAAGUUACUAAAAAUGUAGACAUGUUACCAUUUAUAGGUUUUGGUAAAAAUUCUACUGUUAAUUCAAUAUUGAAGUUGGACGAAGAUAAUCUAUUAUUUUUUGGUGACUUCAGUACUCUCGAUGAUAAGUCUUUAUUGGUUUCAAAUAUUACUACCUAUACCCAACAAAACUCAACCUCUUCGUCAUCGACUGAAACAAAUCUCGAAUUGGAGCAACAAAUUUCACUAAAAUAUGCAAGCUGGGCUUCAUUAGGGGAUUUGAAAAGUUCUACACAAUUUAUAUGUCCCAAUGGCCAAAAUGAAGCAUGGUCUUCAGCAGGAACAACAGGAGAAAUUACUUGUAAUUUAGCAUUUGAAGCAUCGCUUUCAAAAAUUCGAAUAUUUAAUUCCCCAUAUGAACAAGAUCAAAUUGCAUCAUUCCGUAUUGUAACUGCACCUUCAAAUGGUAUCAUGAACUUAACCUACCUUGAUCCAUUAACAUCUGAAGUUAAAUAUUGUGAUGCAUUUUGUCCUUUGUAUAGCUCUAACGCUUUGCAAGCCAGUUCUGAAAAUGCAACAACAUCUGCUUCUACAUCUGCAUUCAUAAAUGGUAAUAAAACCAAUAUUGGAUGGUCUACUGACUAUCAGGAAUUUGCAUUUGUCAAUCAGGUUCCAGUGACGGCACUCCAAGUAAUAGCAUUGACUUCUUAUGGUGAUAAUGUUGGUCUUUCAGGUUUCCAAUUAUAUCAGAAUUCUUACUCAAUAUUUGCCAAUAAUUCUUUAAAUGAGCCUGCUUGCGAUUCACCAAAUACAGUUAUUCCCUCAUCUUAUUUGUCAAACAAUAUUUGGUAUCAAGGUUUAAAUUCACAAAGCUAUAUUGCAACAAAAUAUACUCCAGGAGAUGAUCCAUCCCCUCUGGUAAAUUUUUAUCCCAGUAUAAAUCGUAUUGGUAAUUAUACUGUCAACAUAUAUACACCGGGUUGUACUGGAGAUGGGACGUGUUCUUUUAGAGGAAUUGUCAAUGUGACCCUAUGGGAUACUGCAACAAAUGACUUAAUUUCAACAACCUUGAUAUAUCAGAAUAACAAUGAAAUGAAAUAUGAUCAAUUAUUUGAAGGUUUUUUGGAUUAUGCACCCAAAGUAACUCUAGAAUAUUAUUCUGGUAUAAAUGAUGAGAAUUCACCUGUUGUUGUUGUAGCCGACAAUGUAGAUUUGGUCCCAAUAAACAUCGAACUAGACGAAACUAUAGGGAACGUCACAUCUAGUACAGAAGAAUUAAAAGUCCCAUUGAAUGGGAUGUUUCAAUACCAAUUAUCAAAUUUUACUUCUUCGAAUAACAAUUCAACUUUGAAAGUUGAUAAUACUUCAUUAAACCUAUUUCCAGUUUCCAGGUUCAGCUCAUCAGUUUCAUUGUAUGGUGUUGAGUAUAAUGAAACUCUCUUAUUGGGGGGGUCUAUAGCAGGAGUUUAUGCACUUUCUCUAUCGAACUAUACGAAUAUUCGUUCAACAAGAAUUGUUGAGACAGGAGGUGAAGUGACAGGCACUGGGGCCUAUGCAGGUGGUGUGGUACUAUUUGGGAAUUUUAAUAUCUCGAAUAGAAUAGUUAGCUCUUUGUCAUACAAUGGUACUUUUGAUUCUUUUGGUAAUGUAAAUUCAAAUAUUGCCACGUUCUCUAAUUUGACAUUUGGUGAGUCAGAGAUAUUAGCAUUUAAUAAUGAAUAUUUUUUUAACACUUCAACUUCCAGCUAUAUUUUUAACACAUCUGCUCUAUCAUUAUCUAUAUGGUCAGCUGGUUCAAAUGAUUUUGGAGAUACAUUAUUUUCUGGUUUGAUAACUAGGAAUGAGUUUCCAAAUCUAAAUAAUUCAGCAGUCUUAACUGGAAAUGGUACUGCCCAGUCACUACAAUUAAGAAAUGGGAUUCAGCCGUAUCUUGGUGUCUAUCUGAAUGAUUCAUUGACUGCAUAUUUGUAUGAUUCCUCUUCAAAUAGUAAUAUUCUAUUCAGCAAUGGUUUGCAAGGUAACUGGAAUUUACCUCGGAGUGUCUCAUCUGCAUAUUACUCUGAUAAUGAAACAAUGUUUGUUGGCAGUUCCUUAAGUAAUGGUGAUUCAGGAGCCGAGUUAUUUGUAUUAAAUUUUACUACUAUGGAUCUACUAUAUAAUGAAACUUUUGAUGUGAAUUCUUCAAUUAAUUCUAUAGUUUCAUUUGGAAGGAAUUCCUCGUUGUUGGUUGGUGGUGAUUUCACAGCUCCCAAUACAAAUUGUUCGAACCUAUGUUUGCUUAACUUGGGAAAUAACCAAUGGUCCUCGUUUAGUAAUAAAUUCGAUGGCACAAUAACAGGAUUAGAAUUUGCCAAUGACUCCCGUCUUUUAAUAUCUGGUUCAUAUCGAUUUGAGAAUCAAUCUGGAAUAAGUUUAGGGUAUAUUGAUUUAAACAACCAGGAAUUUAAAUCAUUAUUAUCGGAUUCACAGAAGGUAAAUUCCUUUAAUUAUAAUAAUGGGACAAUUGUUGCGUGGGACAGUUCUACAAUAUAUAGUUAUCGUGGCGAUUCCUGGAGUAAUCAUCAAAUCCCAAAUACAAAUUCGUCAACAUCUAUCAAAAACGUACAAAUUGUGUCCAAAUUGAAUAAUUCGUUAUCGACUAAUAACACUUCAAACAAUUUAAAUGAUGAACUCAUUUUGGUUUUUGGUGAAUUAUAUAGUGAAGAUUAUGGUUUUGUUCAAGCUAUGUUUUAUGACUUUCAAAAUUGGAUCCCUUAUUACAUCACACAACCUUAUUCAUCAUUGAACACAAGUAAAAACAGUCUAUUCAUGAAUAAAGACAUUUCACUUCUGUAUGAGUCCCAAGUAGUAUUACAAAAUCCUAAUUCUACAAUAUCUAUUAGUUCUACUUCUUCAUCUUCAGCUACUACUAGGUCCAGUUCAACCUCUUCGACAUCAUUAAAGAAUGGCAAUAUUGAAAGUAAGAUACACCGUGGUUAUGUUGUUUUAAUUGGCCUUGCAUUAGCCAUAGGUACUGUUGCCAUCUUAGGUAUAUUUGGUGUUACAAUGGCAUAUAUAUUUAGUGAUGACAAGGGAGAAUAUGUUCGUAUUAAACCUCGUAUAGAUGAGCAUGAGAUGCUAGAUACAGUACCUCCCGAAAAGUUAAUGAAAUUUAUCUGA